GGGGGAUUAAAGGGUUGUAAUUCCUGAAAACAUGAUCGAGAGGUGAGCAACAAUGCCAGAGAGAAGCAGUUUUGAUCACACCAAAGCUAGACCAUUUUCAAGUCUUUUCUUACAAGUCCGCGUCGUCGGUGGAAACGAGAUCGACUCCACCAGAGGACGUAGGACCUUCACCUCAAGCCGCCACGAGCCUCGUUGUAAAUUAACCAACCUCAGUGUCUUUAAGGUUGUGCUGAAACUAAAACUGACCUAUCAUGAGUGACCCAGAUCGAAAUCCACUGAAGAAACAGCCAUCAAAAACCUCUCUAGAGCAGAGCCUGCGGAUGAUAUCGCCGCCACAGCAAGCACCAAUUACAAUUUAUCCGGGACCUUCAGCCAGAAUGGCCAAUCUUUCCAAGGCGGACUUAGAGAUAGCCCAACGCUUGGAGAACCUUCGGAAGUCUGAUAGUGAAAAUCUGCCAACAGAGGAAGAGAUGGCUAGUCGUCUGGCCCAGCUAAAAGGCCUACCAAGUGAUCACUAUGCUAGAACCUCAGCUGCUGCUGCAGCUUACCAGCCUCCUGAUCAGAGGACAGAAGUAGAUAAGGCUCAGGAUCUUCUUUCACAGGCAAUGCAAGAAGUAUCCAUAGAGUCUCGUGUCCCCAAUCCUGAUGACGAAUUGGAAGCGAGGCUUGCCCGUCUGAGAGGAGAGGAGCCGCGCGCUGCCCCUCCAGCAGGAGCAGUGGCUUUACCCCCCAUUGCGCAUCCCUUUGGAAGAUCUGACGUGCCAUUUGAUGAUGACUUGGAUGACAUGAGUAUGGAUGAGGUUGAAGUAUUAAUGCAAGUUGCUGGGAGAGAGAUGCAAGCAUCAGCUGACAGAGCCAUGGGUGAGGUACAAGCAGACCCCCAGCUGGCCCAGGCCGUUGCACAGGCCACUCGGAAGAAAGAGAAGAAAGGCCGCCAGAAGAAGUCCAAAUCAUCAGGUGGGGGCAAGGGGGACUCCUCUGACGAUGAGAGAAGGAGCAAGAGUUAUGACAGUGAUAUAGACAUUGAGGGAGGGAAGGCUAUUGAUGCCAUCACAGACCAGGCUGAGGUCCAGAGAAUUAUUGACAUGUACACCAAACGUGCUCAGUUGAAGAAAGAGAGGAAGCGGAGGAAGAAGGAAGCUGCAGCUGCUGCAGGAGCUGUUGGAGGUGCCGUUGGGGGUGAUGAUUCUGACUCAGAUAUAAGCAGUGGUUCUGACUCUGAUUUAACCUCUGAAAGUGAAAAAUUUAGUGAGAGUGAUGAACUCAGUGACUGAGUUGUAUUUCUGGUGUGAACUAAUUUGCAUUUUGCAAUGUCAUAUAUCAUCAGAGUGCUGUCAUAAUGAUAAUUUAAAGUAAUAUUUUGUGGUACUGUUUUUUGAAGUGGACAUGUUGGGAAGCAAAGAAAAUUGCUAUAUUUGGCCAUUCAUGGUGAUAUUAUAUAUACAUUCUAUAUUGUUGAUAUGACUGUUUUAGUGGUAAGACUUUUCACUUAGAGAUGAAACCAAUCACUAAAGUGACAGUUUAAAAAGGGACACAGAACAAGAGUAUUAUUUACUGCAAUUAUUGAUGAUUUUCAUGCACCUGCUCACACACAAGCAUGUUCACACACACAUGAAAAUAAUAACACACAGAAAGGUAUGUAUUUGCACCCUACCCAGAAUCAACCAAUUAUGUUUAAGAGCAUCUAUCAGUAGCUAAGUAUUUUGAAACUGAGGUACUCACUGGUUGAACUGUUCAUUGCUUCUGUAAAGACUAUUAUCAUAUUAUAUUUUAUGUUCUUUCUUUACUUGUCUUUUUCAUGUUGCCCUCCUAAGAGUAUCUUUGUAAUUUGUGGCUAGGCAGUAGUGUAUGAGAAGACAUUCAAGGUUGCAACUACUUAGUCCAGAGAGAGUAUCAGUAACAUCCAUACUGGUAUAGGAAUUAUCAAUUCACCCGGUGUUACUCCUUUCAAAUAUGUAUAUAUGUAUAUUUUUUUUUACAAAUACUGUACUGCAGUGUGUCUGUUUUAUAUCAAUACAUGUAAUUCUCUUGUGCUAUUGUUGUUGGUAUUAUUUUCAUAAGGGUCAUCUCUUGUGUAAUAUUCGGUAUAUUAUAUUUAUCUAUAUUAUGUUUUACCUGAAUCACCCAUAUUUAAGCUUAUGUUUAUGGUUUUCAGGAGUGAAUGAACAAUAAAACCAGUGUAAUUUUAAAGUUUGGUCAUUAAGUAAAGGAUGCUGUAAGUAUUCAUCCUUGUUCGGAAAUUUUGUCAAACGUUUGGAUGCACUGCUUUCUGAUAAAGGUUAACUUGUUUCUGUCUUAUGAUGAUAUGUAUUUAUCUUUGUGUUUAUGAGACUGGAUCAGUGAUUGACCAUGUAAUGCAAACCAUAAUAAAUGGUACCAAUAACAAACAAAAUGAGAUAAAGAGAGAAGGCAUCCUGCUAGGCAGUUUAUUGAAGAAAUAUCAACCCAUAUAGUAUGAUUUUAAUUACUUCAAUCUGUCUGGUGUAUUAUUUUUAUUGGAAUGAUGUACAUUGACUAUUGUAACUGUCUGCUGGGUGAAAUUUAAACACUAUUUCCAUGCAAAUACAUUCAAAACACAUA